GAGCCGAGGAGUUGGCGGGAGAAACAAAAAACGAAAUAUAAUCCAAAAGAAAAAAAUACCCUCGUCUCCGGAACUCUGAAAUAAAGACGGAAAAUGCUGGAAAUACUCAACAGUUCGGGCAGGAGUCUGCAGUGCCAACAGAGAGGAUCAAUGGACAGUGAAGUACAAAGAGAUGGCAGAAUUCUGGACCUUAUAGAUGAUGCAUGGCGUGAGGACAAACUGCCAUAUGAAGAUGUGGAAAUACCUCUAAGUGAACUUCCAGAACCUGAACAGGAUAAUGGAGGAACGACUGAAUCUAUUAAUGAACAAGAUAUGAAAUGGACUGACCUGGCCUUACAAAACCUGCAUGAAAACACACCUUCUGCAGGAAGCUAACUUCUGAGAUCAUCACUACCAAAAUAGCAGCAAGGCUUAUUUCUGUAUUGGUGUAUAAGCAAGGUGCACUACCAGUCCCAGAAUUUACUUUCAAAUGAAGACAUAUUGUAAGCCAUUUGUUCACAUCAUUGCAGAUGUGGCACUUCAGAAGUAAAACCUAACAAACUCAGUGGAAGUGCUGAUGAGCAAGUAUAUACAAAAUGAACGUGUACAUAUUUAGGUGGCAAAUUUUAGUCCCACUGAUUUUACCAUUAAAAAAAAGAGUUUGCUUUCAUUGGAUAAAACCAUUGGAAAAGAAUCUACAAGAAGGAAUGAUGUGCUGUGAAAUUAAUUCCCAGAAGUAACUGAAUCUUGCUCCAUCGUUACAACAGGAUUUUGUGUGUUAUAAAAUCCUGCCACUCAACUCAUUUCAUGUGUUGUUUAUAUAUUUAAAGUCAUAAAUAAAAGUAUUAACACUCCCCCAUUGGCUUGCAAACAUUAGCCUAAACUUUAUAAUUCUUUGCAAUCUUAUCACAGGAACACAUAUAGCUUUAACACUUCAUAUCAGUAAAAUGAGUCUUGUUCUGAAUUGUGUGGUUAAAAAUACCCUACUUGAGCCCAGUGAGGCCAAAUCAAUGCAAUGCACUCAAGGGUAUUUUAAGUGAUAGCAGUUUUGUAAAAUAAUACAUGUGUUAGAUUCCUAGUUUUACAAAAUUUUUCAGUUGUAGUUUAGGUUGCAUGUGGCUGCAGUUGUAAGAAGUGAACGUGUUACAGGUUUGAUUCUGUUUGUUGCUUAAAGUACAAUAAAAAUUAGGAAUUAGUUGAUUUCAGAUUAAUUGGUAAAUAUGGAAUAAUUUGUUAUCCAAUUUAUGACAAAAUAUUGAGUGCAUUGUAAACAUGAAAUAAUUUAUGAAUUGUGGCAGUUAUCAUGCAAAGAUACUUUGUAGUUUCCUAGUGAUCAUUUAUAAUGGAGAUAAAGUUGAGGGGAGGCGAGUGAGAAUAACACAGAACUGGAAUUUGUUGGAAUGGCUUAUGCUGUUAAUGGAAUAUUUGCAUGCUCUGUUUAUAUUGUAUUAUAUUUACACCACAAUUUUCUGGAUUGUUGAUUCAUCUUCAAUAUAGCAAGUCCAUUCUUUGCAUGGCACAGACAAUGGCUAACCCCCCCCCCCCCCCCCCCCCCCCCCCCCCCGACAAAACACAUGGUAUUAGAAAAGCCUAAGAACAGACAUCAUAACUCAGAUUGAUGUGUGGCUCUGGGGAGGUAAGUGAGCUGCAACUUCUGAAAAUCACAUGAAUUCAACUUUAAAAUGUUAACUGUGGCUUUACUCUAAGAGGCUGUAUGAAGUAAUCUUCGCUUCUUAAACAUCCUCUUAUCCACAGAAAUGUCACAGGAUGAUUUCAAGCAACGGUCUCAAAUGUGGACCUUCAUACCCUAUUGGACGAUGUGGAGUGUCACCAAGAACAUCAACACUGGGUCAAAUUGCUUUUUUCCAUAUUGUGUACUGAUUGUAAAGCUGACUAUGUAAUCUGAGGGGUGAGCAUUCUACAUCAAUGUAGCCUUUUAUUCUAGCUUAUUCAGACAUGAGGGCACCAAGGCAGUGAUUGAGCAGUAGGAAGAGGGGAAUGGUGGGGGGGGAAACUAGAAGGAGGCUGAGCACCCCAGAGGAAUGAAAGACAUUCCUAACCUAACUCCAGUGAGGGAGCUGAGGUGGAGGAGAUGUUUGACUGUAGCUCUGCCUCAGCAGUUCCUGCUGUACCCAAACCUAGCCUACUCCCCUUAUGCUGACAGCUGUGAAGCUCCAGCCACUACUGAGGAACCUGAGAUGGAAGAUAUAGCCCAAGCUUUGAGAUGGACCUAUUGGGGACCAUUGGAAAGGAGAGUAUAUGUGAAUGCGUCCAUCAACUGCCAGAUGACUUUUCUCCGGUGGACCAUAUUCAGCUAGUUGGAAGCUGGACAACUUCUGCCUGGAAGUAGUGUGGAGCAUUCCCUUGAUUGCUGAGGAACCUCCAGCUGAAACCCAUUUACUAUCCAUUUUCUUUGAACAAACUCCUCUUUUUGAAGGUGCCCCUUUGCAUGCAGAGUCUACCUACUUCUGCUCCCCUAUUGGUCCCAAUGGCACGCUUCAGACUGCGUAACCUGUUAUAAAUGGACAAUUCUACAUCCUUUUUUGUUUGACUGCCUCAAAGUUAACUGCUGUUGGUCCUCUUUUCCUCAGCCACCUUCAUUAUUGCAGCUGCUGAGUUCAACAGAGCUGAAGAUGGGCGAGUGUGCACCUUGUCAAAUAUGUCUGCUGGUUUUGAAAUUGUUCAGGCUUUAAUAAUUGUUUCUUAUUGAUAGGAGUUUACUGGGUUUUGGUUGCAUCUACAUCUGCCUUUAGUUUAACUGUUUUUGCACUGCUGCAUUGAAUAAAAGUUCAAUUAUUUUUAAAA